AUGACCGGCUUCGCCCUCGCCGUACCUGGCCUGCGUCUUCCGUCUCUUCUCUUCUAUCUCGUCCAUUUUUUACAGUCCAAAAACUAUGUCCACGCGUCUCCGUCGGGUCCAGAGUCGGACUCCUGCUCCACACUGGUCCAAAACCGCUUCUUCGGUUUCUUCAGAUCGUCCACGACCUUUCCCAGCGUGCCUUGCUCCUGGACGUUGCAGAAUCCCGACCCGAGACGCUACACGGUUUUCAUCAAAGUCACCAAACCGUCGGAGCCGUGCGUCCCGUCGCAGCUCCGCACUUUUCAGUACGACUCCUUUUUGGAAACGACUCGGACCUACUUGGGGAUGGAGAGUUUCGAUGAGGUUGUCAAACUGUGCGAUCGCUCCGCCCCCGUGGCGUUCCUGGAGGCGGGGAAACAGUUUUUACAAAUGCGAAAAGGAGCGAUCAGAGCGGGGUCAGUGGACGCAGACGGAGACGAGGAUUUUAAGACCGAAUAUUUAGUCGUGGGGAAGAGGAACCCGAGCAUGGCGGCGUGUCAGAUGUUGUGUCAGUGGCUGGAGGACUGUCUGGCCUCUAGCACCUCCAACAGGCCGUGUGGGAUAAUGCAGACGCCGUGUUUGUGCUGGGACCCGCCUCCUCAGCUCAACCCUGUGGACGGAUGUUUUCACAAUGGAGUUUAUCUGGAAAACUGUUUACCGAGCGCCAAGGAGAGCAAAAAGGACGCAGAGCUGACGGGGGGCUGGAGCGUGUGGGGCCAGUGGACGCAGUGCAGCAGUGAGUGCGGAGGAGGCGUCCAGACGAGGAAGAGGAGCUGCCAGUCUCCCCCUGAGGAGUCGUACCUGUGUGAGGGAGUCGUGGAGGAGGGACGGCCCUGCAACAACCAGGCCUGUGGCACCAGCAAGACCAGUAAGACCAGCAAAGGCCGUCACCUCUCUCGCAGCCAAUCGCUUCGCUCCGUGGACAACCGCAAGCGCGAAGAUGUAGACAAGGCCCGUCCCGGACAAGCCCAAAGUCAGCAGCCAGUGCACGGUGCUUGGGACGAGUGGUCGCCGUGGAGUCUGUGCUCGUCCACCUGUGGGCGGGGCUACAGGUCCCGAACGCGCACCUGUACCCCGCCGCAGUUUAACGGAGACCCGUGUGAAGGCCCCGAGAAGCAGACUAAGUUCUGCAACAUAGCCGUGUGUCCAGUGGACGGCGUGUGGAAUGACUGGUCCAGUUGGGGCUCGUGCUCGAUGACGUGCUCCAACGGGACGAUGCAGAGGACGCGGGAGUGUAACGGCCCGUCGUACGGCGGCACGGAGUGUAAGGGCGACUGGCUCGAGACGGUCGCAUGUUUCCUCGGGGAAUGUCCGGUGGACGGGAAGUGGCAGCCGUGGUCGUUGUGGUCCGGCUGCUCUAAAACCUGCGGCGGGGGCGGUCAGCAGAGGAGUCGUCUCUGCUUUGGGCCUUUCUUUGGAGGUCUGGCGUGUCCCGGAGACCGCGAGGAGGUGCGGCGCUGCAACGACAAGCGCUGUCCAGAGCCUCAUGAAAUCUGCGCCGAAGACAAUUUUAACAACGUGGUUUGGAAAAUGACGCCAGCGGGAGACACGGCGGCAGUGAGGUGUCCCCCCAACGCCGUCGGUCUGAUUCUACGGCGCUGCCUGCUGGACGAUGAGGGCAUUGCCUUCUGGGAGAAUCCGACUUAUAUGAAGUGUAUCUCCAACGACUAUCGCAGCAUCCAGACGUCUACGCGGGAGCACCUGUCGAAGGCGCAGAGGGGGCUUGUGGGAGAUGGAGUUUCCGAGGUGAUGACCAAACUCAAAGUGACCUCCAGCGACGGGACCAGUUACAGCGGAGACCUGCUCGCCACGAUCGACGUGCUGAAGAACAUGACCGAGAUCUUCAGGAGAGCGUACUACAGCCCGAGCGGCGCAGACAUGAGGAACUUCGUGCAGUCUGUGAGUAACCUGCUGAUGGAGGAGAACCGCGACAGAUGGGAAGAGGCACAAAUGCUGGGUCCAAACAUCCGAGAGCUGUUCCGUUUGCUGGAGGACUUUGUGGACGUGAUCGGUCUGAGGAUGAAGGACUUCCAGGACAUGUACGAGGUCACGGAGAACCUGGUGCUGAGCAUCCACAAACGUCCAGUGUCGGGUCACGCGGACGUCAGUUUCCCGAUGAAGGGCUGGAGGGGGAUGGUGGACUGGGCCCGAAACUCUGAGGACCGGGUCACUGUCCCCAAGAACAUCCUGGUCACUGGGAAACCUGACGCAGACGACUCCUCCACGUUUGUGACGGGAAUCGUUCUGUACAGGAACCUGGGCAGCAUCCUGGCUCUGCAGAGAAAUAACUCAGUCCUGAACUCAAAGAUUCUGUCUGUGGCCAUAAAACCGACUCCCGCCUCGUCUCUGUCGGCUCCUGUGGUCGUGGAAUUCUCCCACCUGUACAACGUGAGUCCUCCCCCCGAGACACUAGAGUCCUCCCCCUGA